CGUCGCCCUUUCCUUCUCUCGCCAUCGCCCACACGACGCUUUGGUCGGUCACUCUUCUUUCUGAUACCUUGACCUUGACCAUCGUCUCUUUGGUCACUACUCAUUCAUCGUAACCAUCGUUUUCUGUACAUCAGUACUUUACUUGUUCAGCAUUCGUUCGUCAUGUCUCACCACUCACCCCAGUCCUCCAACAGCGUUGGCCCGGCUUCCAGCCCCUAUACUGGCACUGACCCUACCUUGUACUCGCCAGAGCUUGCUCGCUACAUUCGUUCGACUGGCUUCCACCACCGCAACAAUCUCAGCCAGGUCACUGUCACUGACAACGGCAAGCCCUCGCUUCAUACAGCUGUUUCUCCCAAGUACAAGGGCGUUCUCCCAUUCCCUGCUCCUUACUACCAGGGACUAUUUGCCAACGAGAUCUCCGAGGACGACAAGGCAUUCAUCUCCCGCUUCCAGUUCAUCUCACAGCUUCCAGAUGGCACCAACCCAGGUGUCGACUCUGAGCAUGAGCUGUUCAGCAUUCAGCAUCAGAUGAAGCUUUACCAGUGCUUUUCAAGCUGCGUUCCUGUCUACACCCGCGGCGUUCACCUGCGCUACGAUGAUCUUCGCGAAGCUGCAGAAGCCAAGGACGUACUUGCUCAGCAUGGCUUUGUCGUUGAUUGGAUUACUGGCUACGAGUUUGCGCUUGCCAAGUCUCAGGAUACUGCCCAGCUCAAUGAGUUCGAAGGCCAGGUCAAGAUUCCCAUUCUUGUUCAGCCUUUCCCUGAACAGGCCGCCUUCGAGUUCACCAAUGCCGAUCUUGCCGAAAUCGCCGAGGCCGUCGAGCUUACUGCUAGCGUGUUCGGUAUUGUGCGCAACUGCGUUCAUGUCGAGACUCUCGAUGUCAAGAUGACUCUGGUCUUUCGCGUUGAGUUCCACUCAGUCGAUGCUGCCACUCGUGCUGUGCAGAGCUUGACUCUCGAUUCGGUCUGGGGUAUCAACAACACUAAAACCUUCCGGUGGGCCAUCACCGAGCCUGCUCCUUGGUCUGGUGAGCGAGCCGUCAACUCUCCCCACCGCACCAAACCUCGCGUUGACGAUCAGGGCCGCUUUGUUGGGUAUCGUCCUGCCGUUGGCCCUUUCAACGGCCCAUAUCAGCGUCACCCUGCUGAUCAGCACAACCGCGUCCGCCGUGAGCGCAUUCUUGAUGGCAGCGAUGUCCGCACCACUAUCAUGCUGCGUAAUAUCCCCAACAAGAUGGACUGGAUGUCACUCAAGACCAUUCUGGAUGAGGUCUGCUUUGGCACUUACGACUUCCUCUACCUCCGCAUUGACUUCAAGUCUGGCUGCAACGUAGGCUAUGCCUUCAUCAACUUUGCCGACGUCGGUGGCAUGAUUGCUCUCAUCGACCGCAUCGAGCGUCGUUGCUGGACUGCUUAUCGCUCAUCCAAGGCCGCCGAGAUUUCGUAUGCCACAAUUCAGGGUCGUGAAGCCUUGGUGCAGAAGUUCCGGAAUUCUUCUGUCAUGCAAGAGACACCAUUCUGUCGCCCUCGUCUCUUUCUCACCUAUCUUGAUGCCGAUGUCUCCGAUAAACUUCGCUCCACCGGCACUGAGCAGGCCUUCCCACGUCCCGACAACCUGUCUAAGCUUCAGCGUUCGAUGGAUAGCGCUCGUAGCGUUGGUCUCUACCCCCCUCAUGGAUUCUCUGCUAUCACAGAGCACCGCAACCGUACCAGCGCUUACGACCGUGGAACCCCUCGGGACAUGAUCCAGGCUGCCAUGAGCUUCGCCCGCCAGCGUGCUGCUCCCACCCCGCUUGCAGCACUCACUGAUUUGCAGAAGCGCGACGUCGAGGUCUGGUACUCCUACAAUUAUGGUCAGGGCCAGGUUGGAUACAUCCCCUUCAACUACAUUCCCAUGACCCAUGUCGCUCAGUAUCUUGCUGACCAACAGUCUUCUCCCAACUCGAUCGCGGUCAGCCACCCUGGUGUCAUUGGUGCCCCAGUCGUCCAUGAUCCCUACAAGCGCGACCACAUUGGCACUACCGUUACCACUCCGACUCGCCGCCCUCGUGUCAAUGGUAGUCCUUCGUACAUUCGCUCAGAGCGCCGCGAGCAGGUUAAUGGCGACUUUGCCUAGAUGCCUUGUGGGAAGAGGCCACCUCAACUGCCUUCACUGUUACAAUCUGUUUCCGCCUGCGUCUCUGAUGAGAACAAUUCAAUUCAACUUCUUCAAUUAUGGGUAACGAUACAGCAGAGGUGUUGUAUCCUCUUGGUUUUACUUCGAUUCGAUCUGGUUGUCAAUAGGAUGAUGGGUGUGGAUACAAUCUCUGUGUCAGAUCAUGUAGUUCAGACUCCGUUCCCAUAGCAUAAAAGCCGUGCUUGACCUCAUUCUCCUUAUGUGCAUUGCG